GCUAGAUAACAUUUUCGCUUGACCCGUGAUAAAUCAAUUCGCUCAACUCACAUUUAAGUUCUCAGCCUUGUCCAACACGGUUAGUCUUUUUGAUUCUGUCGUCAGAUAUUGAACAAGUGCGAAAUGAAGUUUAAAAAUUCCGACAAUACUAUUUCGAUGAUAGACCCUUCUCUGCUGCUGCGGCCAGAGAAGGUCUACGAUGGAAAACCCCUGGAAGCCUUCCGUGACUACUCUGUGGAUGACAAGGAUCCCAUCAAGGAGCGUGUCUGCAAGACUUACUACGAAAUGCACACUAAUAUGACAGUUGACUUCGUUAAAGGCAAAAUGGACAAAUGGUUAAAAUUCAACCAUUUUAAAUCAUCGGUAAAGGAUGCUCUCAUCAAGCUAAACGAGCUGGUGGAUGAAUCAGACCCCGACACUGACCUGCCCAACAUCGUGCACGCCUUCCAAACCGCCGAGAGGAUUAGACAGGACUACCCUGAUGACGACUGGUUCCAACUCAUCGGACUGAUACAUGAUCUUGGAAAGGUGAUGGCGUUCUACGGCGAGCCGCAGUGGUGUGUGGUGGGAGACACCUUCCCCGUGGGCUGUCAGUGGGGAAAGAGCAUUGUGUACGGAGACGAUAGCUUUAAGGCUAAUCCAGACACGUAUAAUGAAGAAUACAAUACUAAGUAUGGGAUGUAUAAACCGAAAUGCGGUAUCGAAAACUUGCUGAUGUCGUGGGGACACGACGAGUAUCUGUACAGAGUACUGAAACACAACAACGCGAAGUUCCCGGAAGAAGGUCUAUGGAUGAUCAGAUAUCAUUCGUUUUACCCGUGGCACGCCGGUGGAGAUUACAAGCAAUUCACUACUGAAAGGGAUGAAAAAAUAAAAACAGCUGUACUUAAAUUUAACCAAUAUGACUUGUACACGAAGAGCGCAGCCAUACCUGAUAUCGAAACUCUGUGGCCAUACUACGAGAACCUCAUUGAAAAAUAUAUACCAGGAACACUUGAGUGGUAAAUUAUAUCUUAAUUAUCAUAUACAAUAACUGACUUGAGAAACAAUUAAGUUUGAUGAAUACGCAUUUAUAUAUUUAUUGUUUAAGCACUGUAUGUAAGAUUAGUACUCUAACAUAUUAUAUAAUAUUUAAAAAUAUUUAAAAUAAAACCUUUAAGUCAUAAACAAACAUACAUAAGAAAAUAAGAUAUAUUUUUGUAUUGAUAAAAUUAUAUAAGCCCUCUUAGAUAAACUAUGUAUAGAUUAUAUAAAUAAGUUAUUAAUAAUUUAUAUAUUUAUUGACGAGCCGGUUGGCGUGGUUGGUAGAACACUUGCCUUUCACGCCGAAUUUUGUGGGUUCGAUUACCACCCAGGACAGACAUUUUUGUGCAUGAACAUGUCUGUUUGUCCCGAGUCUAGGUGUAAUUAUCUAUAUAAGUAUGUAUUUACAAAAGAAAAGUAGUAUAUGUAGUAUAUCAGUUGUCUGGUUUCGAUAGCACAAGCUUUGUACAAGCUUAAUUUGGGAUCAGAUGGCCGUGUGUGAAAAAAUGUCCCAGGAUAUUGUAUAUAAUUUAAAAAAUAAAAAACAUUAAAAAAUAAA